AUGAUAAUAUUUAAAAAUAAUGAAAUUCGAUUCAAUUCAAUUUUAAAAUCAAUAUUAUUAUUAUUAUUAUUGUUUAUCAAUGGUAAUAAUUGUAAAACAGCACAACAAUUUUUAGAUGAAAAUUUUAAUCAUGCAUUAUUUAGAGAACAUCAACUUGAAAAAGAGUAUAAAACCAAACAAUUAGUAAAAGAUGACCCAAAUAUGUAUUCCGAUUGGACAGAGGUUCCAGCAGCAACAGCAGAAGCAGUAACGAUAAUGAGAGGUGAUGAUUAUUAUUACGAUUAUGAUAAAGAACAAAAGAUAGAGAUGAUAGUAUUUGGAAGUGAAAAUGCAAUAAGUUCAGGAUCUGCACAAAACUAUUGGUAUGGUCAAACAUGUGAAGCCACCAAUUUCAAUAAUACACCAACAACAACAUGUCCAAAUGAUUGUCAUUCCUAUUGGGGUCAAGGACAAUGCAAUGAGACCUCGUCCACUUGUAUUUGCAAUUAUUUUUUCAUUGGUGAUGAUUGUUCAGAGAAUGUAGAUCCACAACAUAAUUGGGAUAAAAUGAAUUGUAAUGGUGGUAGAUAUUGUCCACCAAUUUACAAUUAUCCAACACCAAGAUCAUGUGUUUGUCCACCUGGUCAAGCUGGUUUAGAAUGUACAGUUUGUUUAAAUAAUGAGGGUUGUCAAGCAUUAACAGGUAAUUACUCUUCAUCUUUUGAAUGUAAUUCUUCACCUUAUACUUAUUUUGAAAAAAGUUAUAGCUGUGUUGUAACAAGUGCAGAAGUUAAUGGUGAUUUAAAUAAUUCAACAGCAUCAGCAUCAAUUGAUUGUCAAUUUCCAGGUGGAAAUUAUAAUACACAAACAGGAGUUUGUUCAAUGAAUUUAUAUUAUAGAAUUCAUGGAUCACCAUUAUAUUUUAAUUGUUCAUUUACAGAAUGUGAUCGUACUAUUUUACCAGGUCAAAAUCAAUCGAUUGUAUGUCAAAAUAGUGUUUGUAAUUGUACUACCUAUUGUGGAUUCAUAUUGGAUGGUUUAAUUAGUGCAGUUACAGGUGAGGCAACAUUUGAAUGUGGAGCACAAACGAAUCCAGAUGGAACUAGCAAUUGUCUUUUCUCACAAUAUACAAUCAAUCAAAUGUUACCAGCCAUUCCAUUACAAUGUAUGUCGGGUGAAUGUAUUGAUGUUGCAACGGGUGCACCAACACCACCACCCAUUUAUCCGGUACCAGUGGCAUCAAUGAGUUUCCUAUACAUUUAUGUUGGGUCAGGUGUUGGAUUCAUUGGGUUGACUCUAUUGAUUGGUGCAAUCUUUUUAAUAUUCUCACUUCAAGAAGAUCGUAAAAACUUUAAAGAAGAUACACAUUUAGUUUGUGAAUUAAGUUUUCAUAAUAUUAGUUGCUACGUUAAUGAACGUAGUGGAUUCUUUGGUAAGGAUGUAAAGAGAAAACAAAUUUUAGAUAAUGUCAAUGGUGUUUGUCCACCCGGUCAAUUGACAGCAUUGAUGGGUUUAUCGGGUUCGGGUAAAACAAGUUUAUUGGAUAUUCUAUCGGGUAGAAAGAACGUUGGUAACAUCGAUGGUAAAGUAUUGAUCAAUGGUGCACCCGUUGGUAAAAACUUUAAGAGAAUCUCUGGUUAUGUCACUCAAGAUGAUAUUCAAAUUGGUACUUUAACAUGUCGUGAACAUUUGAUGUUUGCUGCCCUUUUAAAACUUCCAGAGAAUAUGUCAUUGGAAAUCAAACAACAACGUGUCGCAAGUGUAUUGGAGGAGUUGGGCUUAACUCGUGUGGCCGAUAACCCAAUUGGUACCUCAGAGAAGAGAGGUAUCUCUGGUGGUGAACGUAGAAGACUAUCGAUCGCAACCGAAUUAAUAGUUGAUCCAAGUAUUCUAUUCAUCGAUGAACCAACAUCUGGUCUUGAUAGUCAUUCCGCUUCAGAGUUAAUCACUAAACUUAAACAAUUGGCAAACAAUUCAACAAAGGGUCAACGUACUAUCAUCUUUUCAAUUCAUCAACCUUCCGCUGAACUCUUUGAACAAUUUGAUAAUUUGAUCCUCUUACAUCAAGGUAAUCCUUAUUUCUCUGGUAAAAGAGAGGACUCUGUAAACUAUUUCAUUAAACAGAAAAUUGCUGGUAUGACUGAAUUUGAACAACAAAACUAUAGAAUGCAUCUUAAAAAUCCUGCAGAUUUCAUCAUUUCAAUGGUCACCGAUAAAAAUUGUCAAAGAUUUAAUUCAACCUAUGUUGAUUCUCGUGUUGCUUCACCAUUUUAUCAAUCUACUUCACCAGCUUUAUCUUCAAAUAGUAAUAAUAGUGAUAUUAAUUUAAAUCAUCAUCGUAUCAUUAAUAAUCCACAUAAUCAAAAUAUUCAUCAUCAACAACAUCAUCAUCAUCAUCGUCAUAUAUAUGGUAUUAAUGGUCCAUCAAUUGAUAAUAAUGAUAGUGAUAGUGAUAGUGAUGAAAGAGAUCAUUUAUUAGCAAGUGAUAAUAUUAAUAAUAAUAAUAAUAAUAAUAAAGUAAAGAAUAAUGAUAAUAAUAAUAAAAAUAAUGAUGAUGAUGUUGAAGAUAUUGAAGAAGCAAGUCCAAUUAUUGUAGUUGGUAAUCAAGGUGAACCAUUAGCAAGUCAUAUUAAAAUUGGUAAAGUUGAAGAAUAUGCAACAUCAUUUUGGACACAAUUUUUUGUAGUUUGCCGUCGUUCUUUAUUAAAUUAUAUGAGAAAUCCUUUCCUUUUGCGUACCACUUACUUUGUACAUAUUUUUGUUGGGUUAACAUUAGGUUAUCUCUUUUGGAAAUUACCAGCCAAUCUUGAACCAGGUUGUCAAAAUAGAUUUGGUGCAAUGUUUUUCAUGACUGCUUUACUCUCAUUUGGAAGUAUUACAUCAUUAGAUCUUUUCUACAAUGACCGUAUCAUUUUCAUUCGUGAAAGAGCCAAUGGUUUCUAUAGAACAUCAGCAUACUUUUUAGCCAAAGUAGUAACCGAUAUCAUUCCAAUGAGAGUUAUACCACCAAUUAUUUUGGGUUCAAUUUGUUAUUAUAUGAUUGGUUUACGUCCUGGUAUCCUCCAUUUCAUCUAUUUCCUCAUCUCUUUGGUGUUAACAAGUACAGUGGCCUCAUCAAUGUGUAUGGCAAUCAGUACAAUCUCUCCAACGUUUGGUACUGCAAAUAUGGUGUCAAUCUUGUUACUCUUUGUAUUUUUAUUAUUUGAUGGUUUCCUUUUGGCAAGAAGUUCAAUUCCCAAGUAUUUAAUUGGUUUGGUUUGGAUUAGUUUUAUGUCAUAUGGUUUGGAAAUUCCUGUUGUCAAUGAAUUCAAUGGUCUUUGGAUUGAAUAUAAUCCUCCAAACACAAGACCCACUUAUGCUGAUGGUUUAGAAUUCCUUUCAACUAUUGGUGCAAAUCCAAAUAGAUUAUUCACUGAUAUGUAUGUUUUGCUUGGUAUGAUUGUUGGUUAUUUAUUAUUAGCUUAUGUUUUCUUAAGAUUUUUAGUAAGAGAAUAUAGAUAA